AAGGUGACUGAGGACUGUAAACACCAGCACGUGGACCUGUGACCCGGGGGGAGCUGAUCACCUCACCUGUCUGUUGGCAUUUGGUAACAAGCCGAACUGUGCCUGUGAAAUGGAUACAUUAGAGAGAAAAAAUAUAUACAUAUGUAUACAUUUUAACUAAAUCUGUGCUACGUUAUCCGACGACAGGUAGACUAAACUUCAAGGUGAAACAUUUUUUAUCAUCAUGGGUUUAACAACUCAGUACCUACGAUAUGUGCCUGGCUCGGUGUUUGGAUUGGUUGGUUCUAGCAGAUGUGUUCGGUUUGUGACCAGGUUUAGUCAGACUGCCAAGUAUGUUGCUGUUCCUGCUUGUCAACAUGUCCUCAUAUGGGAUACCAGAAGAGCUAUAAAGGUUUUAACUUUGGAUGCUGGAGUGUGUGCAAGUGUGACAGUGGUGGAACCCCGUCCACCUUCCUCUGGAUCCUUAGACAACACACAUAUUGCUGUGGGUUACUCUGAUGGAUCUGUUGCUGUGUUUGACCUAAGGGUUGGCCAGCCACUGAAGUUUAAUGGGCAUCGUAGUGCAGUGUCAGCCUUGUCGUGGGAUCCACAGGGUAUGAGAGUGGCUUCUGGCAGUAAUGAUGGUGAAAUUGUCAUCUGGGAUGUGGUUUCUGAACGUGGAAUGGUUCGUUUGAAGGGGCACAAAGGAAAGAUAACCCGGCUUCGUUUCCUUCUGAACCAUAAUGUAAUUGUGUCAUCAUGUCGGGAUUCAUUCAUCAAGUUUUGGGAUGUAGACGUCAAUCAUUGUUUUAGAACUCUCACAGGUCAUCGUGCUGAGGUAUGGGACUUUGUGCUGCUGAAGAAUGAUACAAGACUAGUAUCGGGGAGCAGUGAUGCAGAACUUCGGGUGUGGUCCCUGCGGUUCACUGAUACAGACAAUAAAGUUAAAAAGGACAGAGAUGAAGAGAAAAUAGAUGAGCCUCCAAAUAAGAUGUUUCAUAUUGACACUGAAGGGACUCAUGCUGCCUCAGGUGUAGAUCAGGAUGACCAAAUAGAUGAUGAUGAUGCUAGUAUUUUGGAAAUUGUAAAAUUAGGCAGUGUACUUCGCUCUCGAGGAGACCGAGUGUGUGGCUUACUCACUGAUGGUCGUGUGGUGGCUUGUCAUGGCAAGACUCCAGUUGUGGACCUUUUUAUUAUUUUAACAGAAGAAGAAGUAGAAGCAAAAGUUUCAAAAAGAUUAAAAAAAGCAAGAAAAAGAGCAAGAGAGUCUGGCAGUGCUGUUAUAGGAAGUGAAACAACACAACUUACUGAUGAAAUUAAGAAACUACCAACACUGAGAGCAGCUAAUAAGUUGCUAGGUCUGGAUAUACUAUCUGAGAGAUUGGGGACCAUAAAGAUGGUAACACUUCAUAUAGAUAAUACUCUGGCAGUAUAUGAAUCCUAUCUUGAUGCUAAAGAAGAUAAAGGCCAAACACUGGAUAAGAAUAAAGGGACUUCAAAUAUUAUUCAACAUAAACAGCUGAGUCUAUUAGAUCGUCCAGGUCACAGGACAGAAGUGAGGGCUGUAGCAUUCAACUCUCUCAGUGAUCAACUUGUUACUGCGAGUGCUGAUUCCCUAAAAGUGUGGCAUAGAGGAGACACACAAGCUAUAACUACGGUCCUCUGUGACUAUGCUGUCUCACUCAUUGUUGUACCUGGUGACCGUCAUGCCCUGAUUGGUACACGAUCAGGUCGGCUUCAGCUGUUUGAUCUAGGAUCGUCUGCACAGCUGGAGGACAUAAUGGCCCAUGAGCCCAAUGAGAUGGACACAGACACAGGCGUGUGGUCAGUUGCACUCACUCAUGAUGGGCGUGGCUUUGUGACUGGUGGCAGUGAUAAAAUGGUCAAGUUCUGGAAAUUUGAACUGGUUCGUGAUGAUGGUGAAGGUCAAGGGAAAAGACUGAGCUUUGUGCAGGACAGUAGGGCUCUCAAGGUUGCUGACCAAGUUACCUGUGUUAGAUGUUCAAGCAAUGGAAGGUUUCUGGCAGUGGCAACCUUGGACUUGAAAGAAACCCUUUACUUCUCAGAUACUUUAAAGCUGUGUCAUGAGCUGUAUGGGAAGGCUCUUCCUGCCACCUGCAUGGAUUUCUCCACAGAUGGGACUAUGAUAGUGACUGGGAGUAAAGACACAAGCCUCCGUAUAUAUGGAACAGAUUUUGGCGACCAAAGAAGAUUGUUAAAGAAUGCCCAUCAAGGAGGAGUGACUGAUCUUCGAUUCAUACCGAAAACCCACAUGUUUUUCUCUUGUGGUCAGGAUGGCUCAGUGAAGCAGUGGGAUGCUGAUAACUUCCAGAGGAUUGUUACCCUUGAGGGUCACACUGGCAUUGUCAGGUGUUUAGCUGUGUGUCCAAAAGGUGCCUGGGUGGCAACUGGUGGACAGGAUCGUUCAAUACGGUUAUGGGAGCGCACACAAGAGCCUUUGGUAUUAGAAGAGGAGCGUGAGGAAGAACGCCAGAAGGAAGAGGAAAAAGGAGGGGGAACAACUGCCACUCAGAGGCCUGUGGUGCCUGGAGAAGAAGGAGCACAGGCUGUUAGACCAUCCAUGACCAGCCAUCACACAGAACAGGCUGCUGAUAUGAUCCUGGAGGCUCUGAUGAUCUAUCGGGAGCAAAUUGAGGCAGGAUCUUUAGCUGUACCUCACCAACUGAUGACUUAUGUGUAUCACACUUCUGAUCCUCUCAAGUUUGUCCUAGAGGUACUCAGGAAGGUGAAAUCAAGUGAACUUGAAGAAGCUGUAAUUUUGCUUCCAUUGGACCGUAUUCUAGAAUUAUUGGUGGUGAUCAAAGGACUAUUAGAACAUGAUUGGGAUGUUGAACUGGCAAGUAGAAUCUUGGUAUUAGCAGUGAGGAUAAACCUUCCCCAGUUACUGGCAUCUGCUAAAGCUGCUCCCAUCAUCCAUGCCCUGGCAUAUCUCUUACCUAAAAAGACUCUCCAGCUACAGGAUAUGGUAGGAUUCAAUCUUGCUGGUUUACGUCAUAUGAAGGAUCGAAUAGAGCAACGGUCUGAGACACAGCUCUUUGCUGAAGCCUCACAGAAAGUUAAGGAGGCUCGCCGCAAGAGAAAAAAGAAGGAACGAGCAGUUAAGAGGGUGCUGAUGACUAUAUAGUGGUAUAGAUGUUGUAGGAUAGUGUAUGUACCACUGAAGAAAUCAGAUCUAAUUCUGAAUGGCAUUAAACUUGCUUUUACAAACUUUCUGUGUGUGUUUGUAACACUAUGGAUGAAUAUCUUCAUCUUCAUGAAAGACUAAUGGCUGCAAACUUUUCCUUGCUGUUGGUCAUUUCACUCUUGUUCUUAUAACCUAAUGUUAUUAAUUUAGCCACUAAUUUUUUAAUGGGCCAAUAAAAUGAAUUGGACAAUCAGUA